AAAUUUCCUCUGGAGUCUGAGGACAGUGUGCUCACCUCAACUCUGAAGCAGUUUUCUACUUACUUGGAUGAUAUUAGUUCAGUGCAACAAGUCUUGGCACAACAGUUCUCGGAGACGAUGAUGUAUCCACUUAACAAAUUUUUGCAGGCCGACAUUGAGGAGAUAAGCACAAUGAACCAAAUGUUCCAAUCAGCUACGAAUGAUCACGAGCAAAGUUUGGCCAAGUACAUGAAACAGCCCAUGAAGAAAGAUGACAAGUCGAGGGUAGAGGUCAAUGAGGAGCUGCAGGGAAACAGGAAAAAGUUCCAUCAGACGACUCUCCACUACUACUCGGCUCUGAAUGCCCUGCAGUACAAACGCAAGUGCUUCCUGCUGGAGCCUGUCAUGGGCUACCUGCAUGCUCAGCGGGCCUGUUUCCAGAUGGGCCAAGACAUCGUCCUGCGCUCUGACCUUGAGGACUUCCUUGGUGAUAUCGGCAGCAGUGUGCAAUCGGUUCACUCUGACCUGGCCAAGGAGACUCAGCGCACAGUGGAACUGAUCGACUCUAUAGAGAAGCAAAGCCAGCACAUGUACCACGCUGAGCCCCCUGUGGACAUGCCGUUUAUACCGCCCAACACCAAUCUGACACAGAAGGCUGGAUACCUGUUCUGUCGAGGGAAACAAGUCCUGCUUUCUACCAAGUGGGACCGUAUGUAUUUCUUCACUCAGGGUGGGAACCUCAUGAGCCAGACGAAGGAGGAG